UCGUUGCAAUCAUAUGAUUUCUAGUUUCUUUAUGUAGUACAUACAGAUAAAGAUGUGAACUUGUUUUCUUAGGGUAAUAAAAUCUAAUUUUACCUUCGUAGAUUCCAUCGAAUGGAAGACAGCUACGACUGACAGGAGUGCGAGGCGUAUUAUUCAGUUAUGAGUGAAAAAUUUGUGGAAAUUUGUUGAUAAUCAUCGUGGGAUGCAUCUCACUACCGGCUCACGUCCAUUCGACCACCUGAGCCUUCCCACUGUCCGCAGCAAGAAAUCCUCCCUUAAAUCUGUCACCACCAUGUAGUACUCUCUCUUCCACCUCCUCGCCUCCAAAAUGAUGACUACCUUCAUACCAAUGUCCUCAAUACGCCGAAAAUGGUUGAUAAUUCUGCUGCUAAUACUCAUCCCAUGUACCGUCCUGAACCUCUACUCCUUUCCCGACAUGGGAGAGGAGACAAUCCUACAGAAUGGAAUAGCCGAGCUGCAGGCAAAGCUCGAGCAUCUUCAAUCGAAAUACGUAAACACUCGGGAAGAGAUAAACCUCCUCUCUCACCAGCUUCUCCUGAUGACUGAGAAUUCCCACGUGCUUCCUGAUUUGCAAUUCAUGAUGCUGAAUGGCACCUCAAACUUGACAACCAUCAAACUCCCCACGAUCUACAACUUCCUGCCACACUUCUUGAACGACCCCAACAGUCUGAGGCCAGCUUUUCUCCAAAGCAAAGGUCGAACUGGUGUAAGCAUGGUCCUAGGGGUUCCCACAGUCAAGAGGGAGGUCCAGAGUUACCUUCUAGCCACUCUCAAGAACCUGAUGGACAGAAUGACCCCUGAGGAGGCCAUGGACACCAUCAUAAUCGUGAUGGUGGCCGAAACUGACAUGGAGUACGUGAGCUACGUGGCCAAGCAGAUCGAGGUGCAGUUCCCAAUCGAGUCUGAGAGUGGACUCAUAGAAGUCAUAUCUCCAUCGCCCUCCUACUACCCAGAUCUGUCCAAAUUGAGGGACACUCUGGGGGAUGAUCAUCAGAGGGUCGUUUGGAGGUCCAAACAAAACCUGGACUUUGCAUUCUUAAUGUCCUACGCACAGACCAAGGGGACCUUUUACAUCCAGCUGGAGGAUGAUAUCCUGGCUAAGCAGAACUUCAUCACCAUCAUGAAGUCCUGUGCACUGCAGAAAAUCAGUCAAAAGGAAAAUUGGCUUGUUCUGGAUUUUUGCCAGCUCGGGUUCAUCGGCAAGUUGUUCAAGUGCGUGGAGCUGCCCUGGUUGAUUCAGUUUUUUCUCAUGUUUCAUAAUGACAAGCCUGUCGACUGGUUGCUGGAUCAUUUGGUUACCAAUAAAGUUUGCAGUCUUGAUAUGGAUCCUAAGCAUUGCAAGAUGGCUAAAGCUGAAGUUUGGAUGCAUUACAAGCCAUCGUUGUUUCAACACAUUGGGACACACUCGUCAUUGAAGGGGAAGGUGCAGAAAUUGAAGGACAAACAGUUUGGAAAGGUCACUAUGUUUUAUGCACAUACCAAUCCUGAUGCUGUCGUGGAGACCAAAAUCAAGCCGUUUAAAAAGUAUACGCUUUAUAAAGCGUACAAGGGAGAAAAUUUCUUCUGGGGACUACUGCCACAACCUGGGGAUCAUCUCAAGUUUAAAUUCAGCCAUCCUAUUUUUGUGAAAACAUAUUUAUUUAGGAGUGGCAAUCCGGAGCGUCCUCUUGACAAAUUUUAUAAUACAACAGUUGAAGUACUUCCCGAGUCUUCAAAGAUCGUCAAUAGAAAUAAUAAUGAUGUCACAGAGGAUGGUUACAUUAUCAUAGGUAAAUUUGAUAGCCUUGGAUUGGCUCAAGGAACAGUUGACAGAAAGUACGGAAAAAUAUCCGUUCUGAGAUUAACAGUACACAGUGAAAGUGCAAAUUGGGCAAUUCUAUCCGAGGUCAGGUUAUUUAUUGCUGCACAUUCUAGUACUGUUCUUCUGAUUUCAUAUGAUUUCCCCACAAUUUGUCUGCAAUGUUGUUAAGAGUUGAAUAGUGAUAUGCAUGAACAAACCCAAUAGACAACCGGAUUCAUAUAGUUGAAGAUCUAACAAGUUGACGAUCACCAGGGAGUGGAGGAAAAUAUCGCUUUCAAGUGCAUUAACAACUGCUGGAAUUAAAGUAAUUAAAGUACCUGCCAAACUGAGGAAUGAAGAAGAUAAGCUCACUCCUGUUUAUUUAUACUAUAAACGCAAUAUUAUAUGAAUGAGUAUCACAUCGAAGAAACAACCUUUGUGCUUCUCCCUAAGGUAUUUACCAACUGUUAUUGUUACAUUUAUAGUUUAAAUAUGAUAUAUUUUUUGAUUCCCACAAGAUUUUCUAAAUAUGAGACCUGAGUAACAGCAGAAUAUUCUGCAUAACUUGUGCAGCAUUAUUGAUUCUUUGUAAUUAUUAUUUUCUGAUUAUUUUAAUGGGUAUUAAUAUAUGAUGUGAUCAGUA